CCUCCUCCUCCUCAUUCCCGCGGGCAGGUGAUCAUGCGAGCCUUCUCCCGGGACGCCCUGCAGCACUACGUGCCCGUCAUCCAGGAGGAGGUGAGCGCCUGCCUGGCGCGGUGGCUGGGUGCUGCCGGGCCUUGCCUGCUAGUGUACCCCGAGGUUAAGCGCCUCAUGUUUCGCAUUGCCAUGAGGAUCCUGCUGGGCUUCCAGCCCCGCCAGGCCAGCCCUGACGGUGAGCAGCAGCUGGUGGAGGCCUUCGAGGAGAUGAUCCGGAACCUCUUCUCCCUGCCCAUCGACGUGCCAUUCAGUGGGCUCUACCGGGGCUUGAGGGCACGCAACAUCAUCCACGCCAAGAUCGAGGAGAACAUCCGUGCAAAGAUGGCCCGCAAGGAGCCUGAGGGCGGCUACAAGGAUGCGCUGCAGCUGCUGAUGGAGCACACACAGGGCAAUGGGGAGCAGCUCAACAUGCAGGAGCUGAAGGAGUCUGCCACAGAGCUGCUGUUUGGGGGCCAUGAAACCACUGCUAGUGCUGCCACGUCACUGAUCGCCUUCCUAGGGCUCCACCACGAUGUCCUCCAGAAAGUGAGGAAAGAGCUGCAGGUGAAGGGGUUGCUGUGCAGUCCCAACCAAGAGAAGCAGCUGGACAUGGAGGUCUUGGAACAGCUGAAGUACACGGGCUGUGUCAUCAAAGAGACCCUCAGGCUGAGCCCUCCUGUUCCUGGAGGAUUUCGAAUUGCACUGAAGACCCUUGAGCUAAAUGGUUACCAGAUCCCUAAAGGCUGGAAUGUUAUUUAUAGUAUCUGCGAUACCCACGAUGUGGCAGAUCUCUUUACCAACAAGGAUGAAUUUAACCCGGAUCGCUUCAUGUCUCCAUCUCCAGAGGAUUCCUCUCGGUUCAGUUUCAUUCCUUUUGGUGGGGGCUUGAGGAGCUGCGUGGGCAAAGAGUUUGCAAAAGUCCUUCUAAAAAUAUUUACAGUGGAGCUGGCUCGGAGCUGUGACUGGCAGCUGCUGAAUGGGCCUCCUACAAUGAAAACGGGCCCUAUAGUGUACCCUGUGGACAAUCUGCCUACCAAAUUCAUAGGUUUCAGUGGCCAAAUCUGAGAGGUCAACGCUUGCCCCUGGCUGGAUUUCUAUAUAGCAUCUAAUAUGUACAUAAUAACUUUUUAUAGUAACAAAGGUCUUUAAAUAUUUAAACUUGUAAAUGUAAAAUAGUUAUUUAUGUCUUCUAAAUAUUUCAAAAGGCUAUGAUAUUUUUUUCCUCAAGCACUACAAUUAUGGGUCUCUGAUUCAUAAUUAGAUAAUGUUAUUUCUAUAGAAAUAAGUUUUCCCCUAUUUAAAAAUCUUAUUAAAAGCUGGCCAGCUUAAACAUUUGAAGAUAUUUCACGACAGUGUAUGUAUUAAAAAAUAUUCUGAAAGGCAUUUGAAACAAUGGUAACUAGCUACUCAUGCAAAUUACCUAAAAUGGUUAUUGUUUGAGAAUGUUUUCAGUAUUAUUUGUGUCUAGAUCUCAUGUUUAAUGUGUAAAUUUCAAGUUUGAUAAUAAAGUUUAUUUUUGAUGA